AUGGAUGGGAAAAGGUCCACGCUUGUCCACUGGUUUCGCAAAGGUCUUCGGGUCCAUGAUAAUCCGGCUUUAUCACAGAUUUUCUCUGCCGCCAACGCCGCGCCAGAGAAGUUCUGCGUCCGACCGAUUUUCAUUCUUGAUCCCGGGAUCCUCGACUGGAUGCAGGUGGGGGCCAAUCGCUGGCGAUUCCUACAGCAGACCCUCCAGGAUUUGGACGAGCAGCUGAGGAAACUCAAUUCCCGUUUGUUUGUGGUGCGUGGGAAGCCUGUGGAAGUUUUUCCUCGGAUUUUCAAGACCUGGCGCGUGGAACUCUUGACAUUCGAGUCUGAUAUCGAGCCCUAUUCCCUGUCUAGGGACGCAGCGGUCCAGAAAUUGGCCCAGACCGAGGGUGUUAAGGUGGUAACACACUGCUCCCACACGAUUUACAACCCAGAAUUGGUUAUAUCCAAGAAUUUGGGAAAGGCUCCGAUUACGUACCAGAAGUUCUUGGGCAUCGUGGAUCAACUAAAGAUACCCAAGGUUCUAGAGGUUCCUGAUAAGUUGAAGGGGGUGGCUCAGCCCCCCAAAGAUGACGUAGAGCAAGGGACACCAGCGGCAUACGAUUGCCCCACCAUGGAGCAGUUGGUGAAGCGGCCGGAGGAAUUGGGACCCAAUAAGUUUCCCGGUGGCGAAACGGAGGCCCUCCGUCGCAUGGACGAAUCCUUGAAGGAUGAAGUGUGGGUGGCCCGCUUCGAGAAGCCCAACACGGCGCCGAAUUCCCUGGAACCGAGCACCACUGUUCUGAGUCCGUAUCUAAAGUUCGGAUGUCUUAGUGCUCGUCUGUUUAAUCAGAAACUCAAGGAAAUACUAAAACGCCAACCAAAGCACUCCCAGCCUCCUGUUUCGCUGAUUGGACAACUUAUGUGGCGGGAAUUCUAUUACACAGUGGCCGCUGCCGAACCCAACUUUGAUCGUAUGCUGGGCAACGUCUACUGCCUGCAGAUUCCUUGGCAGGAGCAACCAGAUCACCUGGAGGCUUGGACCCAUGGUCGCACCGGUUAUCCGUUUAUCGACGCCAUAAUGCGGCAGUUGCGCCAGGAGGGGUGGAUCCACCAUCUGGCCCGGCAUGCAGUGGCCUGCUUUCUCACCCGAGGAGAUCUGUGGAUCAGCUGGGAGGAGGGGCAGCGGGUCUUUGAGCAGCUGCUGCUCGAUCAGGACUGGGCGCUUAACGCUGGCAACUGGAUGUGGCUCUCCGCCUCGGCCUUCUUUCAUCAGUAUUUUCGGGUCUACAGUCCGGUGGCAUUUGGCAAGAAAACGGAUCCUCAGGGUGACUAUAUCAGGAAGUAUGUGCAGGAACUAGCUAAAUAUCCCAAGGGCUGUAUCUACGAGCCCUGGAAGGCCACGCUGGCGGAUCAGCGUGCCUAUGGAUGCGUUCUGGGCACUGAUUAUCCACAUCGCAUUGUCAAACACGAAGUGGUGCACAAGGAGAACAUCAAGCGGAUGAGUGCCGCCUACAAGGUAAAUCGGGAAGUACGCACCGGCAAGGAGGACGAAGACUCGUUCGAGGAGAAGCCAGAGGCGUCGACCUCGGGCAAACGUAAGGUGCGAAAGACAGCUGGAAGCGCCGCGAAGCGAAAGCGUUAG